AUUCAAUCUUUAUCUUUUUCUUAUCCAUUCUUAAAAAAUUACUUAUUUAUUAAGUUUGAUGCCAAAUGUUAGCAUAACUUUUGCAAUUUCAUUGUUUCCUUCGUGGGCACCUUAAAGAACAGAAAGAAAAACUUGCCCUUUUAUUCUUAUAUAACGUAGUCCAAGAUACUAGACCUAUACACUUCUUCUAUGUGGCGUUGGAUAAUUGGUUCUUCUUUUAUUUGUUAGAAAAAGAAAGAUUGCUCUUUUCUCUUCAAUUUUUUUUUUUUUUUUGAAAUCUUGAAUUCUUCCCUGCUCUUUUGGAAUUGUUUUGAAACAGAGACAAUGGGGAAUCUGUUUUGCUGUGUACAAGUUGACCAAUCAACAUUGGGUAUCAGAGAGAGAUUUGGCAAGUUUGAUGAUGUCCUUGAGCCUGGAUGUCAUUUCUUGCCAUGGUGUAUUGGCAGCCAGAUUGCUGGUUACCAUACUUUAAGGCUGCAGCAGCUUGAUGUAAGAUGCGAGACCAAGUCAAAGGAUAAUGUAUUUGUAACUGUUGUUGCUUCAAUUCAAUAUCGUGCUCUGGCUGAUAAAGCUACUGAUGCUUUUUACAAGCUUAGUAAUACUCGGUCCCAGAUCCAAGCCUAUGUCUUUGAUGUUAUUAGAGCGAGUGUUCCAAAGCUAAAUCUGGAUGAUGUCUUUGAGCAGAAGAAUCAGAUUGCUAAAACAGUGGAGGAGGAACUUGAAAAGGCAAUGUCUGCUUACGGAUAUGAGAUUGUUCAGACACUAAUAGUUGAUAUAGAGCCAGAUGAACACGUCAAGCGAGCUAUGAAUGAAAUCAAUGCAGCUGCAAGGUUGAGAGUAGCCGCCAAUGAGAAAGCAGAAGCUGAAAAGAUUAUCCAGAUUAAACAAGCUGAAGGUGAUGCUGAGGCUAAGUACCUGGCAGGACUAGGGGUUGCUAGACAACGCCAGGCCAUUGUGGAUGGUUUAAGGGACAGUGUUCUUGGCUUCUCAGUUAAUGUACCAGGAACUACAGUCAAGGACGUCCUGGAUAUGGUCCUCAUCACUCAGUAUUUUGACACCAUGAAGGAUGUUGGUGCCAGCUCCAAAUCCUCAGCAGUCUUUAUCCCACAUGGACCUGGUGCUGUUAGUGACAUUGCAGGGCAGAUUCGACAAGGGUUACUGCAGGGUUCAGCUGUCCAGUAACCAAAUCUUUUAUAAAUGUGUUUUCACCAUGUCUCGUGUGGUUCCAGUUUGUAAGUAAUGUUUCUUUGUGAUUUGAUUAUGAUGGCCGCAAUUGUUCUUUACAUAUGUGUGUUGCUAAUGUAAUUACAUGCAGUUUUUUAAGUUUGAGUGUUUGUCAUCUAA